AUGUGCCCGGAGGAAAGCGGUGCGGCCGGGCUGGGCGAGCUCCGCUCCUGGUGGGAAGUCCCGGCCAUAGCGCACUUCUGCUCGCUCUUUCGCACGGCGUUCCGCCUUCCCGACUUCGAGAUCGAGGAGUUAGAAGCAGCUCUUCACAGAGAUGAUGCAGAGUUUAUUAGUGACCUGAUCGCCUGCUUGCUUCAGGGCUGCUAUCAACGAAGGGAUAUCACGCCUCAGACAUUUCACAGCUACCUAGAGGACAUCAUAAAUUACCGCUGGGAGCUGGAGGAAGGGAAGCCCAACCCGCUGAGAGAAGCCAGUUUCCAAGACCUGCCUCUUCGUACGCGUGUGGAGAUCCUACACCGCCUCUGUGAUUACCGGCUAGAUGCAGAUGAUGUCUUCGAUCUUCUCAAGGGUCUAGAUGCAGAUAGUCUCCGUGUGGAGCCAUUAGGUGAAGAUAAUUCUGGGGCACUGUAUUGGUAUUUCUAUGGAACUCGAAUGUACAAGGAGGACCCAAUACAAGGAAAAUCCAACAGAGAACUCUCUUUGAGCAGGGAAAGUGAAGGACAAAAAAAUGGCUCAGGCAUUCUUGGGAAAACAGGAAAAAGAAGAGGAAGACCCCCCAAACGGAAGAAACUACAGGAGGAGAUUAUAGUGAGUGAGAAGCAGGACAAAAAUUCCAUGGUAUCUGAGCCACAGACAAGAAAUGGGCCAGGUCAAGGCACUUGGUGGCUCGUGUGCCAAACAGAAGAAGAAUGGAGACAGGUUACUGAGAGUUUUCGAGAGAGGACCUCCAUUAGAGAACGGCAGCUCUAUAAGCUCCUGAGCGAGGAUUUCCUACCUGAAAUCUGCAACAUGAUUGCCCAGAAGGAGACUCCUAUGAUUACCAGAAUAGAAAAACAGAAGCGCAAAGAGGAGGAAGAAGAACGUCAACUUCUUAUAGCAGUGCAGAAGAAGGAGCAAGAGCAGAUGCUAAAGGAAGAGAAGAAAAGAGAGUUGGAGGAAAAGGUCAAGGCAGUGGAAGACCGAGCUAAGAGGAGAAAGCUCAGGGAAGAAAGGGCAUGGCUGCUGGCUCAAGGCAAGGAGCUCCCCCCAGAGCUUUCCCACCUGGACCCUAAUUCUCCCAUGAGGGAAGAAAAAAGGAUUAAAGAUCUCUUUGAGUUGGAUGAUGAUUUCACUGCCAUGUAUAAAGUUCUAGAUGUGGUAAAGGCUCACAAGGAUUCCUGGCCCUUUUUAGAACCUGUGGAUGAAUCAUAUGCCCCAAACUAUUAUCAAAUUAUUAAGGUCCCAAUGGAUAUUUCAAGCAUGGAAAAGAAACUAAAUGGAGGCUUAUACUGUACCAAGGAGGAAUUUGUAAAUGACAUGAAGACAAUGUUCAGGAAUUGUCGAAAAUAUAAUGGGGAAAGUAGUGAGUAUACCAAGAUGUCGGAUAAUUUAGAGAGGUGUUUCCAUCGGGCAAUGAUGAAGCAUUUUCCUGGCGAAGAUGGAGACACAGAUGAAGAAUUUUGGAUCAAAGAGGAUGAAAAGCGGGAGAAGAGGCGGAGUCGGGCUGGGCGAAGUGGUGGAAGCCACAUUUGUACCCGCUCCAAGGACUCCGAAGGGCCCAGCAGGAAACAACAGCCAGUGGAAAACGGAGGAAAAUCAUUGCCACCUGCACGCAGAGCUCCCUCCUCUGGGGCUGGUCAGAGUGUCAGUUCUACACGGCUCCCUCCGAAGGUGGGCACACCGAGUAACCAAGGCCUUCCUCGUCCCCUGCAUUAUGGUGGGAUGCCCAACCAGGCACCCCUUUUAAAUCAGAUGAGGCCAGCAGAACCAGGAACAUUUGGCCAUCUUCGAGGAUCAGAUCCUGCCAGUAUAUAUGUCUCCUCCAGAGUCCCAGAACCACACCCUGGGGAGCCUAUGCAGCAGCAGCCACCUUUUGCCUUGCAGCCUCCAGUUGGAAUUAACAAGCAUCGAGGACCCAGGCUGGGCACGCCUGAAGAGAAGCAAAUGUGUGGGGGGUUGAGGCACCUUUCUAACAUGGGAUCACAUCCUGGUUCCUUGCCUCUUGGGCAGAUGAGUGGCCCCAGUCAGGAUAGAAAUAUGUAUCCCCCAACUCAAUUCCAGCCAGGAUUUAUUCCUCCCAGGCCUGGAGGGGUUCAAGCCCGACCCCCAGACUUUCCUGAAAGCUCAGAAAUUCCUCCCAGCCACAUGUACCGAUCAUACAAAUACCUGAAUCGAGUAUACCCUGCUGUCUGGAAUGGGAACCACAGUGCUGCAAACCCAAGACCUUUAGGGCCAGAUGAAAAGCCCCUCAUGGGGCCAGGACCAUCCCACCUGCCUCACACUCUUGGUCACAUGAUGGAUUCCCUAGUGAUGAGACCACCUCUUCCUUCAAACCAGUGGACUGAACAAUCAAGUUUUCUACCUCAUGGUGUUCCUUCUUCAGGGUACAUGCGACCACACUGUAAAUCUGGUGGGCAUCGGUUACAGCCACCUCUAGCACCGAGUCCCCUGUUUGGAGCACCCUCCCAGGUUCUGAGAGGGGUGCAAGGAGGGGACUCCAUGAUGGACAGCCCAGAGAUGAUCGCCAUGCAGCAGCUUUCCUCACGCGUUUGCCUGCCCGGUGUGCCUUACCACCCCCGACAGCCUGCUCCCCCACAUUUACCUGGCCCUUUUCCACAGGGAGCUCACUCAGCAUCAGUUAGUGUGUCAGCCCCCAAGCCUGCCUUGGGAAACCCUGGGAGGACACAGGAUAACAGUGAAAUAGAAGAUCCUGAAAAUGACCGAGAUCCCUUACCUGGGCUAGAGAAGCCACCAAGUGUUGGUGCCUCGGAGGGGGUGUACCUCAGACAACUACCUCACACUACACCACCCUUACCGACCAACAGUACCAAGCAGAGUUCGCCACAAGAAAGGGAAGCAGAAGGCCCAGAGCUCAAAAAUGACUCCUCAGCAUCUGAAAACAACUGUCAGGCAACAAAGGGCAAAAAUACCUGGCCCUCGGAGAAUAGCUACAUCAGCCCAGCAGCCCAGGGAUGUAUGGGGGACCUCUCCACUCUGGCAAAUAGAGGAGCUCUGUCUGAAAAUGGAGUGGUGGUUGAAGUACUCACUUGUGGAUCAGAAGGGAAGGGUCUUGGUGGUAGUGGUACAGAAAAGCCAUUCUGCCCCAGAAGUAAAACAUUGCAGGAAACCAUUUCAUGUUCAGGACAGAACCCAGCUACACCUCCCAAUGCAGACCCCAAUUUGAUGGAAAGAACUGUCAGUCAGUUUUCUCCCUUGUACAUGUCUGGCCUGGAAUACCCAAAUUCAGCUACACAUUAUCACAUCAGUUCAAGCCUGCAAGGCCUUGGCCCUGUGAUGGGAGGUAAACCCUCAGUAUCACAUCUUCAGCAUUUUCCCUCUAGGGGCUUUCAUACUAACAACCCUCAUUCUGGAGUCUUUCCCCGUUAUCGCCCCCACCAAGGAAUGAGGUAUUCCUACCAGCCACCACCUCAGCCUUCCUACCAUCACUAUCAGCGAACUCCUUAUUACACAUGUCCACAGGACUUUUCUGAUUGGCAGAGACACCUUUCUCCCCUGGGAAGCCCAAGUGGCCUCCCACCUAACCAGCCACCCCCUCCAAGACCCCUCUUCUCAGAUAAGAUUGCCAUGGCUAAUCUACAAGGCUGUGAGACACUAAAUGCUGCCUUAACUUCCCCAACCUGCAUGGAUGCAGUGGCUGCUAAGGUCAUUGCAACUGAUGGGCAGAAUCCUGGUCCAGAGGAAGAGAAACCAGAUGAAUCUAUGGAGAGGCCAGAGAGUCCCAAAGAAUUUUUAGACCUGGACAACCAUAAUGCAGCUACCAAGCAACAGAGUUCGUUGUCAGCCAGCGAGUAUCUUUAUGGGACUCCUCCAUCACCUCUGAGUUCAGGGAUGGGGUUUGGUUCAUCUGCUUUUCCACCUCAGGGUGUGAUGCUACAAACAAGGCCUUCCUAUACACCUCACCAGCCAGCCAGUCAUCUCCAGCCCAGGGCAUAUUCUUCCCCUGUGGCUGCUCACCCGCCUCACCAUCCAGUGGCUGCCCAGCCCAAUGGCCUCUCUCAGGAGAGCCCCAUCUACCACUGUCAGGAAGAGGGCUUGGGUCAUUUUCAGGCUGUAAUGAUGGAACAAAUAGGCACUGGAAGUGGAAUAAGGAGACCUUUUCAAGAAACAUACAGACCAUCAGGAAUGCAAAUGCAUCCAGUCCAGUCACAGUCCUCUUUCCCAAAGACCCCAGCACCAGCAACAUUGCAGGAAGAGCUGCCACCACAUAAGUCCCAAACACACUCUCUUGAUCAGAGCUAG